GCAAAGCAGGAAGAACGUCGUCUCGCAGGGGCUCACUCUGAUCCAAGUUAGGAGCUUUCAGCUGCCAGCCUUGGCUCAUCAUGUAAGUGCUGCGGAGAAUUCUUUGCAGCGCAUUUGCAAAAUUAUCCGUUUUCCCGACGACCGCGCGGGCUGUGCAUCCGUACCCGCGCGCCGUGCACGGACACGCACGCCUCGGACCCAACAAGCCUCCAAGUGCAUGAAGAUCGAGGCUUGUAUUUUGCAUCUUUGUUGCAAAGCAAGCCGCUAAAGCUCCAGUACGAGGGCGAUGGAGGGAGGAAGCGAGAAAGAAGGCAAAGUCUUUUGUGCUUCCCCUCCCCCUCAUCAAAGCAGAGGGGAAAUGCCUCAGCCAAAGGGAGGUAAGAAGAAGCCGGUCCUGAAGCUCUCCAAAGAGGUGUUUGAGCAGCCUGCACCUGCAGCAGUACCCCCCAGAGAUUUGGACUCAAAGGCUCACGUAACAAUCGGAGAAAAGAAAUGUGAGGUGAAAGCUGAUGAUCUGGAGCAGAUAUGCGAGCUCGGUCGAGGAGCGUACGGUGUGGUGGACAAAAUGAGGCACGUGCCCAGUGGUCUGAUCAUGGCUGUUAAGCGGAUUCGGGCCACCGUCAACACUCAGGAGCAGAAGAGGCUGCUGAUGGACUUGGACAUCUCCAUGAGGACAGUGGACUGUUUCUACACAGUCACCUUCUAUGGAGCGCUGUUCAGAGAGGGCGACGUCUGGAUCUGCAUGGAGCUGAUGGACACCUCCCUGGAUAAGUUCUACAAGCAGGUGAUCGAGAAAGGUUUGACCAUUCCUGAAGACAUCCUGGGAAAAAUCGCCGUCUCUAUAGUAAAGGCUCUGGAGCAUCUGCACAGCAAUCUGCAAGUCAUCCACAGAGAUGUGAAGCCCUCUAAUGUCCUCAUCAACACUCAGGGCCAGGUGAAGAUGUGCGACUUCGGUAUCAGCGGCUACCUGGUGGACUCUGUGGCUAAAACCAUGGACGCUGGCUGCAAACCCUACAUGGCUCCGGAGAGGAUCAACCCAGAGACGAACCAGAAAGGAUACAACGUCAAAUCCGACAUCUGGAGUUUAGGGAUCACAAUGAUCGAGCUCGCCAUCCUGCGCUUCCCCUACGACUCAUGGGGAACGCCCUUUCAGCAACUGAAGCAGGUGGUGGAAGAACCUUCGCCCCAGCUUCCUGCCGACCAAUUCUCGCCGGACUUUGUGGAUUUCACCUCUCAGUGCUUAAAGAAAAAUGCCAAAGAGCGGCCAACAUAUGCGGAACUCAUGCAACAUCCCUUCUUCACCUCCCACGAGGCCAAAGAAACCGACGUGGCUAGCUUUGUGAAAGUCAUCCUGGGAGACUGAGUUCUACAUGCGCACGGCGCAGAGGGAGGAAAACUUAAAUAAAAUAAAAUAAAAUCCCGCCAUAUAAAAAGCCCCUGCCACAGCCCCAAGCCCCCCCCCCCCCCCGUUCACCCAAUCAUCGCUCCCUUUCACCCCUUCAGAGUCCAACCAGAGGAUGAAGCAGAACGAGGAGGCGGCCUUCUUGUUCCCUGAAAGCUGGCGGGAGGGGUGAGGGGGAGACCCUUUGUAUAAUCUGGAAUAAUUCAAGAUGUUUGUAUGCAAAAGCCUCGCUCUGUGGUCACAUUAGAUCCACCCAGUACUCCCAAUAUUAACGAAGCUGACCACGGCAUUCAUCAUUGCGUUCAAACUUGUUUUCUUGCUGGAGAGUUAUGGAAGAUAUGUAGAUCUUAUAAAGAAAAAAAAGAAAACAAAAGAUGGAUGAUGUAACGCUUUCUGUGUAUAAUCUAAAUGUUUGCCUACUCAAAGCAAAACUCUUGCAUCAGAUUGUUUACUGAGUGCAUGUACAGAAUAUAUCUCUGAUGGCCAAUGAUGAGCAGCCGUGGAGCCUGGUCCUAGACUUCAGAGCCCCCUAAGGGUCAUUAAUAGGUACCGCAGUGCAACUGCUUUCCUUACCGAUGACGUUUACCUAAUGCAUCUUCGGCUCUAGGCUGCCUGUGAGUGUUGGUGAUUGUGUGCUGUGAGGUGAUGGAUGAGUUCAAACGGAUGCAGGUGGGGGUAGAGCCAGAUUUGAGUCACUUUUGAUUGUGAGAGGUCCGCAGAUGAGAGGAUGGCUGAUGUUCAGCAUUUCAGGGCCAUUGAGCUGCAUCAAAUUAAUCCGAUUACCUUAACUUUCAUGAGACGAUCUGCGUUCACUUCUGAAGGAAAAAGUAAAAAGGUCGGUUAGUAUUAGUUGACAAGCAGCGGUACUAAAAAGAGGUAGAAUAAAACUGUCUGAUGUCACAUA